UUUUUUUCAUCUUUUAGUUUUCAGUGCAGACUCAAGUGUAUAAUUAUCAAGUUUCAAAAUAAAUAGUACAAGUAAAAAAGGAACCAUAACUUGUAUUAACAUAUAUAGCCAAAAAAACGUUCAAAAGUUAACAAUGGAAGAAGUUGUUGAAAUAGAGCCCAACCACCUCACUCUAAAGAGGACUCACCCUGUAUCUAUCGCUCUGAAGAAAAAGUCGUACUUAUUCCGCAAGAUGAAUUUAUCAAAAAACUCAAAAAUGACCUACGAUGUGACUAGCAUCACCGAAAAUCCGGAACUAUUCAAGACAAUUAUUGACUGGCUUGCAAAGAGGUAUCGCGCGAUGGGCUCGGACGGGCCUACACACAUUAUUGGCAUUGAUUCGUGUGGCUGCUAUAUUGCAGCCCCUCUUGCCCUCGAGUUGGGAAUCCCCUUCGUACCUAUGCGACGAGGUGUCUUAACUGAGAGCGAUUUCAUUAUGGAAGGAGAAAAUAAAAAGUCGCUCAACCCACCACUUUUUGUGCGAAACGGAAGCAUUAAUUCAGCUUCGCGUGUGGCUUUGGUUGACGACUUCAUUGCAAACGGACGGACGAUGGAAGCUGCACUGGAUUGUGUUCAGGUGGUCGGUGCGAAGAUUGUGGAAGCAAUUGUAAUAUGUGAAAUUACCGAACUCGGAGGAUUCAAACAUAUCCAUGAAAUUUAUAACUAUAAGGAUUUGCGUUUUGUGUCUCUUUUCCGUCUUCACAGGGUGUCUGAUAUUCUCUAUAUGCCAACAAAAAUAUUAUCUAAAAUUUAGAAAAUUCGAAUUGUUUAGCAUCACAUAAUUAUGAAACUUGUUCUACCAUGGCAGUUUUAUUUAUGACAAAAAAUACGCAUCUUUAAAAAUAAGUCUUAGAUGCUUUGCUUUUGGGAAGUAUUUUUAUAAUUGAUCAAAAAACUAGUGCACAUAUAUAUGAGUAUGCGUGUAGUAUAAUACUUAUUUAUAGAUUUUAAUUACUAAUGUGAAACUGAAACCAAUAAUACCUAUCCCAACAUUUUUAA